GCCUCGCAACAGUUAAUACCGAAUCAAUAUAAUAAACAUCCCACGGAUCGGAUGUAAACAUGUGCAGUUCCGUUUGCAAUUCCGUUUGCAACCAUUUUCCACUGAAAUAACGACAAUCAGUGCAUCGGCCGCGUGACGUCGACCAGAACUGCCUCCAAGCCAGCCGCCGCGCAUAAACACCAUCGCUUCCUGUCUGCCGGCGUCACUCCGAAACGGACUGUGACUGUGUCGAUUGAUGGAGAACACUUUCCCUGUGGUUGGACAUACGCCGCCCGCAACACUAUUUUAGUGUUUGGCCAAUGUCCCCGCUGCCCUAACAAAGAGUGGUUCUGUCUAUCGUUGCGGAUGUGUCUACGUUUGUGCAUGCUGAUGAAAACACGAUCUGCAGCUGCACCGACCGCAUCCAGAACAAUUUCAUAGGUCAACGUACUAGUGUGCAGCAGGCGGUGCAAGCUUAGUCAUAGUUAUUUUGUCGGUUCGGUGUGCUUAGUCAUCCACUGGGUCAGAUAAUUAGUGUGACAUUCUGCAGUGUGGAUGAAGUUAUUUUGCUUGCAGAUCACACUGACACAGAAUUUCCGCUGAUGCACGCGUGUGAUAGUUGAGCUAAAUUAAUAUUCAAACAAACAAAUGCUUUGCGCAGCAGGAGCACGCAAUGCGGAGGCAUGUGUGCACAGUGAAGCAAAAGCAAAACUGUAAUCACUUUCAGUCAUGCUAACGGCGCAAAGCGUUUCCUUUUUUUUACAUUUAUUUUACAAUUUUAAAGAUCGCGUAAAGAGUAGUAGAAAGAGUAUAAUUUGAAAAUGCACUGACCACGUGCAAUUUCAAAUUGAGCAACAGAUUGCGCAACAAAAAGCGCCCAAAUGUAUGCAAUUGGCCCAGCACGGGAAUACAUCACCGUGGUAGGUUGGCAUGAACACAUUCCGCCAGUAAAUUGAGUUAUUUUACGUUAUUUUAAAACAACUUAUAAAAAUAUAACAAUCAAAAAAAUAACUGAAAGCACCCAUUUUUAAAAAGAUUUGAUUCGGACCUUUUCAGUACACAAAAAUAUAUUUACACAAAAAAAACAAUUUCCCCAUAAUGACCACCAAAGCUCCCACUAUCCGCCCACUGUUUGUUUACAUCGCGCAAAACAACGUGCUACUGACAGUUUCGUGCUACACUGCCGGCAUUUUCCAGUCGUAAAGUGAACAUUUUACCUCGCAACUAGAAAAUAAGCACGAAAAAGUUAGUUCAAUCAUUCCUCCGCUCAGCAUGGCAUCCGCCAACAUGCAGUUCGAUGCCGCCGUCGGCGGGACGGUGCAGCUGCCGACCCGCGUGGACCAGCUCCAGUUUGCCGAGAGCCGCACGGAGGAGGUGUUCCAGAUGCUGCUCACGAUGAACAGCGGCUCGAACCAGCGGAAGCUGAUGCACCAGUCCCUGCCGUGCCAUAUGCGCCGGCGGGCGAUGUCGUACAAUGUGCGACGGUUGCCGCGCCGGUUCCGCCAGGUGCAUACGGCCCAGUUCAACAAGAGCGGCGUGUCGGAGAAGAAAAAGCGCCCGUCGCGCCGGUACCGCCGCAAGCCGACCAAUCUGCUGAGGGAGUACGAGCGCCGGAAGCGCGCGUUCGUGUGGCUGGAGACGCACGUGUGGCACGCGAAGCGGUUCCACAUGACGUCGCGCUGGGGCUACAAGCUGCCGCUGGCACCGUGCAGCAAGGGCUACCGGUCGAGCUAUCGGGCGAGCUCGAAGCACUGCCUGGUGCACGAUCUAUCGUACGAGGGGUGUGUGGAGGUGAGCGGCGAGGAGACCCAGCUGAAGGAAGGUUUCCGGCGGCUGUGCAGCGAGCGCGUGGGUCUUACGCUGGCGGCCAAGGCGUUCACGGCCGGCGAUCGGGCUGGGUACGUGUGGCUGUACCGGGACGGGGCCUAUCCGUACGGUUGCUUGGGCCGCGUGCGGUUCGUGUGGCGUGCCAGUGGAAGUACCAACUUGCAGGAAAACCGUCGCUCGGUUUGGAUCUUUGCACAUCCAACGUAUUACCGACAGGUGGUGGAACAGUUGGUGAAGGUAUUCCAGCUCAAAAAUGCUCUCCGCGACACGAACGACACCAUCGAAGACAUUACGAGAAACCCGGCCGAUAUUCGCUGCCCGCGCUAUCGCUCCGAAAAGACGGGAGUGGAGGUGGUCGAGCUGAAGGACACACUCAAUCGGUUUCAUCUUGCAGGGCCACUUUCUCAUGCAACGAUUGUGAAAACGUUUAAUCUGUAUAAACCACCCGCGACACAACCGUCUUCGACCGAAGCGCACCGGACGUGGUACCACGAUUUCCUCGACAGCAAACCAAAGUACAGCAAAAUGCUUGCCCAGCAGGCGAACUACUGGCAGGAGCUGAAGGGUCUGACCUCACCGGGGGAACUGAGUCCGGGCGAGGUGAUCGCUCUGCUCGUGCAGGAUCCACGGCUCAACCGGCCGCUGAAGCGCUCCAAAGCACUGCCCCAGGUGCCGGCUCUGUACGACUUCUCGCAGUCCCAUCUGCAGGACCCGGCCGUACAGCCGCGCGCGAUAAGAAGCUUCAGCCCGCUGUGGGACGAAUCGAUCCGCAACCGUGUCAGCGGCGAGAUGAAGUCGACCCACGAGCUGAGUGUGAUGCGCAGUGUCGAAACGCUCGUCGCCGGCGAGCUCUGCCGCUCGGAAAUGGCCCUCCAGCCGCUGCCUGUGCUGCUGCUGCAAAAUUCCGGCUCGCAGGACGCCGCCUACAAGCGGCUCGGGUACGGUGCCGGCUGGGAGCUGAUCGUGCCGGCCGGGUACGGGCUGGCCGUGUGGCACUCGCUCGUAAUGUGGGGCGCCCGCCCCGUCGGCCAGCUGCAGCUGGACAUGCUGGAGCUCGAGACGGGCAUCGAUCGGACCGGCGUGCCGGAUACGGUGCUCGGGCAGGAGGAAGCAAGCCGCCGGCAUGCGGAAGCGCUGAGCAAAUACUUCCACCGCCCAUCCAACAAGCGAGUCAACUACACGAAGCUAGCAAUUGCCUCCCCCUUCCUCUGCCCCUGGACGCAGCUCGUGCAGGAGUGGAACAAAGCGUCCGACGGUCCACUGCCGUUCUUCGUCCUGCGGGAUCAGGAAGCGCUGGCAAAGCUACGGCUCGCCCUCGAACGCAAAUUCAACGUCCAUUCGAUCGGCCUACCGCCGGCCGCGCUCAUCCCCGUGCUGCUGACGCUGAAAACACGCGGCAAUCCGGGCGACAAUGCGCUGAUCUGCUUACCGCUGCGCACCGACUUCCGCACCAACAGGCAGAACCGGCUCGCGACCGUGCACGGUCCGGUGUACGUGGAACCGGCCCACCCGGACCCGCACGGCAAGGAGCGAACGGUGCUCCGGGCACAACACUUGAAAACGCUCAAGCGGCUGCGCAACCGAAGAGUGCGGCAGAAACGGCGGCUACAGCGGGCCAACCCGGGCGUGCUGGUGCGCAUCCCGCCGGCGAACAAUCGGGCGCUGGUGGAGCAGCAGCUGAAGCGCAUGGCCGACCUGUGGCUGCCCGCUACGCCGGCCACAGUGCGCCAGCAGUGCAGCCGGGAGUGUUUCGGGUACGUGACGCAGGCCGGCUUCAGCCUGUCGGAGGGUGGCGUCAACGGGAUCGGCUACGUGACGGCGAGGGGGCUGGAGAAGCUGUUCAAGAUCUGCACCAAGGGCACGGUGAAGGUGCUGGUAAGGGGGACACGCACCAGGGGGUACCGAUUCGCCACAAUUCGGCUCGCUGGUUGAAUGGGGGGGGGGGGAGGGAAGGGAUUAGUGCUAAAACGAACGAACGUGCCUAAAGCGGAUGAUGUACCGGGGAACACCGAAAAUGGGUUAGAAUAAAACGAUCAUUUGAAUAUCGCAACGGACGAUUCGGGA